CGUGAUGUGAGUGACGGGGAUAGCAAUUGGAACGGAGGAACACCUAUGUGACUUUGGAACGUCGUUCCUUAGGAACGAGUCACGAUGAUACCGUUUGACGGCGGAUCAUCGUGAUUUUUUCAUCGUGACGUUAUUUAUCACCCACCUCUAAUGUGUCCGUGUGUACCUGUCGGCUGUCACCGCAUUUUAUAUUUUUAAUUCUUGUAUUUGUUAUGAAAUAGUUAUUUUAUAAGUAUUGUUCAAAUUAGAACACAUCUUGUUUAUUAUUAUAUUCACCUGUAAAAAGACAUUAUUAAUAAUUUAGUGCAGUUUUUGCGACGCAACAAACGUUUUCGUAGAUACUGUUCUCAACAAUGCACUAGAGAAAGCUCCAAAAAUGCUCUACACAACAAUAAAAUCAACAUCUCUCCUGAACCUACGUACAUUAAUCCAUAUUAACUCUGUUACUGUACAACGCAAGUUGAUUACUACAAAUGUAGACGUAACGUCAUGCCUGUGCGGUAAUGUCUACUUCCAGAGGCAACAGAGAGAUGUGUUCUAUAGACAAGGAAGAAUAUAUUCAACUUCUAGUGAUCAACAUAGACAAAAAGUAGUUAUAGAAACGUCAACGCCAAAGAUAGUUCUAAAUAAAGUAUACGAAGACCAGAAAGAGGUGCAAGAUGUGGAGAGUCGACUCGAGAUAUGGAAGAGUCGGAUUGAUCCAUAUGCCAAGUUGGCCAGGUGGGACAAGCCCAUCGGUGUCUACCUCCUCUACUGGCCAUGUUCUUGGUCAAUAGCCCUAGCCUCGAUCCCAGGCAACGUGUCCCCGUUGCAGAGCAUCUAUAUGGCUGGUUUAUUCUUUACGGGGGCUGUGCUGAUGAGAGGCGCGGGGUGCACCAUUAACGACUUGUGGGAUAAAGAUAUUGACGCACAGGUAGAACGAACAAAAGAACGACCACUAGUCUCAGGUGCAAUAACGAAAAAGCAAGCUGUAGCCUUUUUAGGUGCUCAGUUAACAUUAGCUUUAGGUGUACUGCUGCAGUUAAACUGCUAUAGUGUUCUGUUGGGUGCGAGUAGUAUGGUUUUAGUGAUCGCCUACCCUCUAGCAAAACGGUUUACAAACUACCCUCAACUAUUUCUUGGGGCGACAUUUAACUGGGGGGCGCUACUCGGCUAUAGCGCCCUACAAGGACAUGUGGCCCCCGAAGUAUGCGUACCACUGUACAUUGGGGCACUAGCUUGGACUGUCAUCUAUGACACUAUCUACGCCCAUCAGGACAAACUAGACGAUGCGCGGAUAGGCAUGAAGUCCACGGCGCUGACUUUCGGUCCGCACACGAAGCCGGCGCUGUCGGUAGCACUGUGCAGCAGCCUGUACUGCUUCGCGCAGGUCGGCGCACACGCAGACCUCCAGUGGCCGUACUAUGUCGCGCUGCUGGCGUACGCGGCACAUUCUGGCCAGCAGAUUUACGUACUAAACCCAGAUUGUCCCGACGACUGUGCGAAAAAAUUUAGAUCCAACACAUUAGUAGGUCUAAUUAUUCUCCUAGGUAUCCUCGGGGGCGGGGUUAGCCAAUAUGUAGAAAAUAGACAAAAAUAUAGCGGAAAAGAGGAUCCAACUUUAACUAAGAGCUGUGUUUUUGGCUAGAUUAGAUAACGGGGUAGGUAUAGACCUCGGAUCUUGAUGUUUGUCAUUUAUGUCUACCUAUAUAAAUUAUUCUUAAUGCGAAUAAACUGAGGUAGACAGAAACUACUAAUGGACUAGAUAUUUCGUCUUGGGUAUAGAUUUUUGUCUACAUAUUGUGUGGCAGGCAAAAAAUACAGAUUUAGUCGGAUUAUUGUCGAGUGAGUACUUUCAUGACUGUUUUUUUUUUUAAUUUAU